UGAUGAUUAAAAAUACAAUUAUUUAGACAAGUUUCCUAACAGUUGGCAUUCGUUCCUCGACAGAGACGCUCGCAUAUAUAAAACGUUAAUAGGAAUAUAGUUUUAGUGGUUUUUUCAACUUUAUUACCGACAACAGGAAGUUACAUCUUUGUAAUAACGAGAUCCGUAUAUUUUGGACAUUUAUAAGUCUGAAAUGGGGUACGGGGUAGAUAGGUUUUUUUUAUUAUCAUACUGUCUAGCUUGUUGCUGGUCCGGAUUAGGAGCAAAAAGUAAUCUCAGGAUUGUCAAACAAUGGUCGGAGAUGAAAUUCGUAUUUCCUAACGAGGAGGCUCAACAGGCCGCUUUGGCCAAUCGCUUCUAUGUACCUGGCAACUCAGUUCCUAUUGACGUCGAUGUUCAUCAUAGAAAAGGACCAGCCAAGUCACGGAUAUUUGUGACGAUACCGAGGUUCGAUGAAGGUCGUCCGGUGACGCUGGGCACUGUUGAUGAGGAAGGACUAGUCAGCGGCUACCCAGACUAUUCUUGGCAUGAUAAUCAAGGAAACAACUGCGAUGGAUUAACGUCCGUGUUUAGAGUUGCUAUUGACAAAUGCGAUCGACUAUGGGUGAUGGAUUCAGGAAAAAUUGGAGAAAAAGCUGUUUGUCCUCCUCAAUUGCUAGCCUUUGAUUUAAAGACAGACCAGUUAGUUUACAAACAUCGACCAAACCCUUCGAGUUACAUCGCAACAUCAUUGUUCAUCACUCCAGUUGUGGACGUUCGAGGUCACGACUGUUCAGACACCUUCGUGUAUGUGGCUGAUGUAUCUGGCUUCGGAUUGUUAGUGGUCGAUGUUAUCAAUGACCGCUCAUGGAGAGUCACCCAUCGAUUAAUGUACCCUUACCCGUCACAUGGAACUUUUACGAUUGAUGGGGAGAGUUUCGACCUUAUGGAUGGAGUAUUAGGUAUGGCGCUGUCUCCAUACAAGCCGGGUCUCGACCGUUACCUGUAUUUCCAUGCAUUAGCUUCCACCUCGGAGAACGUAGUACGCACCAGUGUACUUAGAAACGACUCCUUUAUUGCAGACUCUAACGCGAAUCCUUAUUCCGUAAACGUAUUUCCCCAAGAGCGUCCAAACCAAUCAGCAGCGGAAGCUAUGGACAGCAACGGCAUUUUAUAUUUUGGUCUUAUGGAACCUCCGGGUAUUUGGUGCUGGAAUUCAGGUACAGAAUUCUCUACAAAUAAUUUCCACCAAAUUGCUAUCAACAGAGAAACAUUACAGUUUUCUAGUGGUAUUAAAGUUGUCAAAAAUCUUAAAGGCGAAGAAGAACUAUGGUUAUUAACGUCGAGUUUCCAAAGAGUGAUGACAGGAUCUAUUAGUUCAGACAGAAUCAAUUUUAGAAUACAUGCUGAAAAAAUUCCACUUUUGUUAGAAAACUCGGCUUGCAGACAACCUGCAAAAGGCGACUAUAUUGGUAAACAUGCCGAUCGCAUAUCACCUCAAAUCAAAAAGUAUAUGUUUAAAUAUGGUGCUGUAGCGUUCCUAUAAACAUUAUAAAAUGCCAGAUUCUUUAUAUUUAUUUAUUUGGUAUAACUGGCCAUAAUUAUCAUUAAUUGAUUGUUAUAAUUAUAAGGACAUAAAUUAUUUCAAUGUA